UGUGACAAUAUCUCGAUACAGCGAUAUAUCGCGAUAUGUUGCAACCCGAUGGGUUAUCGAUAUGCUCCCGCCAAGAAUCGAUACUUUUAUUUAACAUAUUGGCCAUACAAUGGAGUAUGGAUGCUGUAAACUGCUCAAUGUUUGUUGAGCAAUUCCUUGGCGGUCCACUAGGGGCGCUCGGGAGUGGCGGUGAGGGUAAAGUGCGCACAAGUUGUCUAGAGAAGAAGCUCCAAGUGGGUUGAAAAAAUAAAAAAGCUCCGUGAGAACGGUGGAGGAAAAAAUGAGAAAAAUAUUGCUACAAAUCACACAUGGGGACACACUUUAGAUUUUACACCAACAAGAAAGGAAGUAAGGUGAACAAGGACUUUGCUGUAUGCAAGAAUUGUCUAAGAAAAAUAAGUUUCACUGGGAGCUGGUGACGUAGUGGACACUGGAGUUUGUGAGUUUCGCUUUCAUCACUUGAGAUCUAUGGUGUCCCUCAUGGAAGCGUCCACCAAGCCGGGCUGCAACCAGGUAGCUGAUGUGGUGUUCGUCAUUGAGGGCACUGCCAACCUGGGCCCCUACUUUGAAUCCCUCAGGAAGAAUUACAUACUUCCAGCUAUUGAGUAUUUCAAUGGAGGACCACCAGCGGAAACAGACUUUGGAGGUGACUACGGGGGGACUCAGUACGGCCUGGUGGUGUUUAACACUGUGGACUGCGCCCCCGAGUCAUACGUCCAGUGUCAUGCUCCAACCAGCUCUGCUUUCGAAUUUGUGUCCUGGAUCGACAGCAUUCAAUUCAUGGGAGGAGGUGCAGAGAGUUGCAGCCUGAUCGCUGAGGGCCUCUCUGUGGCUUUGCAACUUUUUGAUGACUUCAAGAAGAUGCGGGAACAAAUAGGUCAGACACACAAAGUGUGCGUUCUGCUGUGUAACUCUCCGCCAUACUUGCUUCCCGCCGUGGAGAGUGUCAGCUACACGGGGUUCACCGCCGACAACUUGGUCAAAAUCAUCAGAGAUAGAGGGAUCCACUUCUCGGUGGUGGCCCCGAGAAAGCUGCCGGCGUUGAGAGCUCUGUUUGAACGGGCCUCUCCAGUGGGGGGCGUUGUGGAGCCUCAUCCGGACUACAGCCAAGACAUGGUGCUGGUUAGGGGCAUUUCACUACCUGUGUCAUCAUCCGUAGGUCCCGGACCCCUUAAGCCCGUCCUGCCGCCUCAGCCGAUGACCGUCAAUCAGCCUCUGGUGGCAAGCUCACGGGCCCCUCCUAACAUGAACACGGCACAUCCUUAUCAGAAUCCGCCCACCAUGAUUGCUGCUCAGGUGGCUGCAAAGAUUGUGGAGGCAGCCAAAGGCCAAAAUAACCGAUACUCUGGUUUGGUGAACACAGGACCGGCAUUCGCCGGCCAGUCGGGCAUGCCGUCGCUGUCGGGAGUGAAGAUCAACCAGCCCAGCAUCUCCACCGUCACAACAGCCACUGGACCCAUGAUGCCACAGCAGCAAGGCGCUCCCAACCCACAACAGCCAACGGGGUUGCCGCCGCCGGGCCAGCCGCCACCCAAUCAGCAGCCUCAGCCCGCUCCCCAGCAGCAGCCGCCGCCCAACCAGCCUGUGCCACCCACCGCGCAGCCCAAUAUGCCGGGAGUACAGCCAUCGCAAGUGAACCCUAAUCCCCUGGGACAGCAACAGGGCAUGGCCAAUAAGAUUGUGGCGUGGAGCGGCGUGCUGGAGUGGCAGGAGAAACCCAAGGCCUCCUCGUUGGAUUCCGCUACCAAUCUGACACGCUCCCUGCCAUGUCAAGUACAGGUCAACCAGGGGGAGAACCUGAACACGGAUCAGUGGCCGCAAAAGCUCAUCAUGCAGCUCAUCCCACAGCAGCUUUUGACCACGUUAGGGCCGCUGUUCAGGAACUCAAGAAUGGUUCAGUUUCUCUUCACCAACAAGGACAUGGAGUCGCUUAAAGGCCUGUACCGCAUUAUGGCCAACGGUUUUGCCGGUUGCGUGCACUUCCCGCACACCACAUCGCCGUGUGAGGUGCGCGUGCUCAUGCUGCUCUACUCGUCCAAGAAGCGAAUCUUCAUGGGCCUCAUCCCUAAUGACCAGAGCGGCUUCGUCAACGGGAUCCGGCAAGUCAUCACCAACCACAAGCAGAGUCACCGUGCGAUGGGCGGCGGUGGUGGUCCUAUGCAGCCCGGUCAAGUUCCCCCCAAUCAAAACUUCCUCAACCGGCCCCCCGGCCCCAUCCCUGUCUCCCACGGCAACGUACAGCAACAGUCGGUGGUGGUGGGCAUGCCCCCUGUUAGUCAGGUCGGUAUGAUGGAGGAGCAACAAAGGCAGAACAACAUGAUGAAUAUGCGAGCCGCCGGGCCCAACGGCCAGCAGCCGCCCGUCAGCGGGGCACCACCUAAUCAAGUGACGCAGGGCGGCCAGGCUCCACCCCAGGGAGCUAUCCUGCGUCUAUCCAACCCGGGGGCCAACCCGCAACUGCGCAGUCUCCUUCUCAGCCAGCAGCAGCCGCAGGGAGGCGUGGCCCACAUGCCCGGGAUGAUGUCUCACCAGGGACUCGGACAGCAGAUGGUCCACUCGGCACCGGGAGGGGGCGCUCAAAUGCAGGCGCAGUGGAGACAGCCUAUGCCAGGUCAGAUGCUGAUGUCUGGAGCUCAGCGGGGGGCCGUACCCCAACCCGGAAUGCCCCAAGUGUCCAGCGUCAUGGAGGAUGAAAUCCUUAUGGACCUCAUUUGAGGGAACUUUUGUAACAAAUUGGAUCCCGGAAUCAUGUUGAUGUUUUUUGGACUCUUUUGUAUUUUAAAUUUUGGACAUAACUAAGCAGCAAAUGACCCGUGGACCAAGUGUGCGUGAAGCUAAUGCACACGCGGGAAGUAGACGCUUCGAGUAAUCAUGGCUGGGUGUUGAACAAUAAUUUCCUGAAAUAAACGCAGUACACUGUGUGCUUUUUUUCUGUUUGCAGCCAAACGGUGUCAGCGUGUUCAUUUUAAGCGCUCCAAUAUGUCGCCCCCUCCCACCCGCCACCUCGCCCGCCGCUUGUGGCCAAGUAGUCCUACCAGAUGGCGUCGCUCGGCUGCCAACCGGGCCCAGCAGGAAGUGACGUUGCCGUCCGUCACCCAGGAGAUGGUUACUAGGAGACUGCAACAGUGGGUUCUUGUUUUAUCGGCCGAAACCACCCCCCCUCUUCUUGUUAGACACUAGGCCCCCUCACGAGACUCCCCGGCUUAGACCCCUAAUUUCCCCCUUUUGCCAUGAAGCCCAUCCACUAGCAUCCCCUGAACUCAUUACCCUUUGCAUCCUUCACUUAGGACCCCUUAUUAUGCCACCUUAAUAAACAUAUUGACGGCGAUGGACGUCCCCUCUAUUUGGGCUUGCAGUGAUCAUGUGCUCACCCGCACUUGCACUCACUUGUCCCCAUAGCAAGGGUCCCUCAUUAGGCCUGCUAUCUGGGUCCCCCAAACUUAGCCGCCCCUCCUUCACUGGACCCUCUCAGUAGUCAACCAAACUACAAUACCCCACCAUGAUGUCCCUUUACUAGGCCUACUCCCUAGCCGUCGAUGGAGGCCCCCUCAAUAGGCCCACUAACUAGACCCCUUACUAAGCCCUGACCCCCUCUUUAGCCCUGUUCACUAAGCCCUCUCUGCUGGCUCCACUCACUAGGUGUCUUUAAAAAGCCUCUCAUGAGGGAUCCCCUCACUAAACCAUUUCACUGGACCCCUUAAUUAGUCCUUUGCUCUAAGCACCUGUCGCUAAACACAAUUCACUUGGCCCAUGUCACUAAAUACUUUUAACUAGGACCUUUCCAAGAGACCCCCAUCAUUAGGCACCUCACACACUAUACUGCACCCUCUGUACCCCUCAGUCAUUAGCCCUGCUGUAUGAACUACGCACAUUUCACUAGCACACCCUCAUUAGACUCCCUUACUAAGUACCCGUCACUAAGUAAUCCUCACUAGGGUGCCCUCAUUAGGCCCCCCAAUACUAAGUACCCCUCAGAAGGCCUCCUCAACGGGCAGUCGCUCAGGCUUUAAUCACCAGCAGGGCCUUGGGAGCCCGUCUCGGCGUCGCUCUCGCCUACCUCUCCCCGCCUCCGUCUUUCUGCCCCCGUCGCUGUUAGCAGCUCUGUCUGCGCUCCUACGCUUUACUGUAUAAGACAUUGUCUGAGGCCCCUUUUACACUGUGUUUACUGUUAUGGCAGGUUUCAAGCCUGGUGUUUUUUUUGGUUUGGUUUUUUUGUAUAACAUC